ACUGGAGGAAAACGUUUAUCAUCUGUCAACCUUCCUCCCGAUUUUCCCGCUAAUUUCACGGCUGCCUUCUCCUUCACUCUCGUACGAACCGCUCCACGUCCCAGGAGACAGGGUCAGAUCUUUGGUUGCCUCCGAAUUAUGGUGAUGGGGUUUGAACUUUGGCAAGGAAGACCAAUUGACGGAGCCCUCGGAUGCCAAAUUCCUGUGCAGGUUCAAAAACCCUAACCCACGCAACAACUCAACCUGCCUAAAUGCAACCUCUAAUACUGGCUUUCUUUCUACCUUUGAGCUUUGCGUUACUCUGGAACCUCCUUUUUUCACUAAUAUGAAGUUGCCAUGACAUGUGAGCUUCUGUCUGGGUCUGGGGGUCUCUUGGGUAACUUCUAGUUAGCUAGCAGAAAGAAUCCUCUGAACCAGUUGCUAGAGUUGCUUCCGUCCGUUCUUGGUUACUUCCAAUUUUAGUCAGGGCUGAGGGACUUUUGGGUUAGCUUGUCAACAGUAUCCGUCCAGUCUUCCUAGCCAUGGCCUCACAGGUGCCAUCGACUCAAUUAUUCUGCACUGGGUUACAAGAGGUUGACAAACACAGUGCAAUUGCAUCAGAGAUGGUUCAAAAGGAUUUAGAUGACAAAGAAAGGAAGCCAUGUCCAAAUGCUGCUUAUCGUCGAAAUCCCUUGAUUACUAGUCAUGACUGCCAUUCAAAGAUUGACUGGUGUCAAACAGCAAGUUCUUUUAUCGAGCAGGAGAGAAUUCUGUGCCAUGAGCUAGAGAGCAUGGUUACCUUGUCUUCACGGAGCGAGGCUAAGAGUAUUGAACCUGUUGCUGAUGACAACAUCGUUGAAAUUAAUCCUUUGAGAAUCUCUCCUUCAAAUGCAAGAGAUUCUGCUGUCCUGAAUGAUGUUACGUCAACGAAUUGUUUUCACCGCCUGCACACGGAUUAUGAUAGUGACUUGGGUUAUGAACAAUUGGAAGCAUACCCUGAAGUUACUAGUGAGGCUUCAACUGAGGCAGCAACAUAUGUGAAGGUUUUCUUGGCUUCUGGUUCUGAUGCUAAUCAAACAAAUGCUGGAACGUUUGAGGCUCCCUUGACUACUAACAUACCAAAUAGCCAUUCAUUUCAUGCUACAUCAGAAGAUUCACUACCUGCUGCAAUGCGAAGGAUGCACAUCACAACUCCUGUUGGGGUUCCCUUGACUAUUAACAUACCAAAUAGCCAUUCAUUUCAUGCUACAUCAGAAGAUUCACUACCUGCUGCAAUGCUAAGGAUGAAUAUCACCACUCAUGUUUCUGAACAGAAGCAACCGAUGCCUAUAGUGACUGUUUUGGAAGGUAUGGAUGGUAGUGGAUCUCAAAUUGGCAACAAUCAAGGAUCUAAUUUUGUCAAAAAUAAAUCCAAAAGGAAAAGAAAACCAAGGUCUGAGGGGGAUGAUAUGCAUUUGAAGGCUGCUGUUCAGAAAUUUGGUGAGGGUAAUUGGGGAUAUAUAGUAAAAGGCGAGUCCAUGAUGGGGGAUAGAACUGCUGCACAAUUAUCUCAGAGAUGGGGCAUUAUCACUCGUAAGAAGAGCAACACCAACUUGAAACUGGUAACCAAGGCCAAUGGCUCCCUACUAUCCGAGGUACAGCGGGCAGCUCUUCAUGCAAUUAACAUGGCUCUAGAUCCUUCUCCGAGGAACACAUUUGUGAAUAACAGCAUAGGUGUUGGGCAAGCUUUUGGUAGUGCCACUGCAGUGCGUCGUCUCAGCUUGAGGAGAAGUUUGGUUGAACCAAAACAGGUCCCGACUCAAAAGCACAACCUUGUUGGACGCGGCAACAAGAUGAGCUCCUGCGGAUCAGAAGCUGCUGGGGAAGCUAAAGUACAGCUAGGUGGCAGCCAUGGAGAGCAAGUGAAGAAAGAUGAUAAAACCGACCCCGGACACAAAAAACCUAGUCUGAAUGGUGAAAUGCUAAUUUCUCAGAACCCUUGUCAUCUUGUACAGAAAAAGGAGAGCGAUUUGGAUGGCAAGGUAGAUCCCUCAAGAAACCAUGGUCCAUGAAACCGUACCAGGUAUCGUAUCGGAAAAGUCAACGGUAUGACAUUUUAUGAUAAAACAGUAGUUUUACCGUAGUUGUACCGUUAGACCGUUAAAUACCGCCUACCGAUCUAGCCUCCGAUACUGGUAUUUCGUGGUUGAACCGUUGGUACGGUACGGUACGGUUUCGUGGACCAUGCAAGAAACUAGUCUAAAGAGAGUCGAAAAGAAGAUGAAAUUAACAACACUGGUUCCUGUUCUUCAUCCAUUGAAGAUGAGAAGAAGCAACAUUUUGCACGGGAGAGUAGAGGGAAUGAUGAAAGCAGAAGAUUGAGCAAUCAGCAGCAGUAGCAACAAGAUGUGCCAACGAUGGCAAUUAGAGGAUGGAUCAGUGAAAAGCUGGAUAAAGUGGGAAAUUCAGA